AUGCUGCCGGAGAGUGACGAUUUCACACGUACCGCGUGGCAUCCGCAGAGCUGGAUGCAUGACUUGCGCUCGCAAAUUGGCGAAAUGGCCAUAACACAGGUGUGUUUUGUGGGCUCUCACAACGCGGCAUCGUACGGCAUUCACAAGGGUUCACCAUUUGCUAAGGAUGCGCCGGGGGUUUUGUACGAGAAUUCCUUUCGUGGUUCACUGGCACGCCUUUUUUCUUACAGGAUCAGUGCAUCUUGGGCAAAGUGUCAAGGGAUGUCUGUACGCGCGCAGCUGGACCACGGUGUGCGCUAUCUGGACCUGCGCGUUGCAACAAACCCAAAGGACGCCAGCCGACUGUACAUAUCACACGCACAAAUCUCUGUGCCGCUGGCUGUUGUGCUUGAAGAUGUGAAGGCGUUUCUCAAUGACCCCCUCUCUGCGAAUGAAUUUAUUGUGCUUGAUUUUCACCACCUAUUUCUCACGGAUGACAGUGACGGGCAGGGUAAGUUUUUCAGGGAGUUGGACCGCCUCUCAGAUCGCUUCAUACCCGUCGAUGUGCCGCUCACAACGCCGUUGGCAGUGUUGUGGAGGACCUCGCGUGAGAAACGCAUUUUUCUUGUGGUGGCCGCAAGAAGGAAUAUGAUGCCAUAUCCUGCGGCACGGAUUCGCUCUAAAUGUAUGGUAUCUCGAUGGGUAAAUAAGUGUUCUUUAAGGGAGCUGCUGCAGGCUCUUACGAAUUUGCUACUGGACGAUCUUAAUCAUGCUCCAAGUGGUUCGUCUUCGAGACUGUACGUUACACAGGCUGUUUAUACAGUAUGCAGCUGUGACAUUUUUCGUGGUAUUUUCCCAAAGAUAUCAAGUAAGGCUGUCUCGAGUAUUUAUGACGUGGCAAAAAGGAUAAACCCCUCUCUGCUUGAGUGGUUUUAUUCACUGAAUGCACGUGGGCUCUUGGAUGGUGCCAAGGUGAAGAUUCCACCAGGGAUAAACACACACGGAAACAUACUUAUGCUGGACUACGUGGAACUGGGCCGCUGCCGGAUAAUGGACGGCGCGAGGGAGACAAAUGCCGUUGGCAUGUGUGUAUAUCUCAACAUCCUACGUGCGUCACGCCCACGGGCGAGCUCCCCGGCAGCGCCUGCUUUGAACGAAGAGUAG